ACCGAUACGAUAGAAUCGCUACAUAUAGCGAUAGCGAGCGGGAUACGGCAGCGCGUCGGGCAUGGCCGACAGGAUCCCGGCCGGCCCACCUGGAAGCGCGAGUCGGCGAGAGCUCGCGGGAAGCUUUCCAACAACGACCCCCUCUCCAACGAUGAUCCGUUCUUCGGAGGCUUAUUGCCUUUAAUUGUUCAUCCAUUGAUCCGUUCGUCCAACGGAACUGCAAUCCGAGGCCUUGCACAAGAAGCACCACUACAUCGCGCGAAGCGGAGCAGCGCACCCUACGAUCGAUGCAUUGGUGCUUUCAACGCCGUUCGAUCGAUGAGCUCGCACCAAGAACGGCCACCCGUGGAGGCCCCCGCUGAAGAGCCCCUGCUGCUGCAGCAGCAGCAGCAGCGGCAGGGGCUGCCCGAUGCUGAUGACCAGCCGCGCCCCGCGGCCGGGCGACGUCUUCGGAGCUUCCCAUGCUUCACCGCCUUGGGCUUCGGGCUCCUCACCUUCAACUCCGGCAUGGCCGUCUACCGCUCCCAGGGCGACCGAAGGACCGUCGCUUUCGUCGCCUUCUCCUACCUGGACCUCAUAGCCCUUUUCUCCUGCCUCAGGUUGUACGAGAGCGCCGAGCCCGGAUCGCUACUCAGGGACCGCCUGAAGGUGGCUGUCUGGCUACUCACGACGGCGCUCACUCUAUUGUUUUCGUACAAGGUCGCAGAGGUCAUGCCCGCGGCCGUCGCAGUGGUUGUGUGGCUCAUGGCGUUCGGCACAGUUGCUGGAGGGUUUUACGCGUUCUUUUGCAACGGCGACAAGCAAUAAUAUAUCUACUAUUAUUAUUAUUAUUAUUAUUAUUAUUAUAUUAAAGUGUCAAAAUUCUAUAACUAAGUUACUACAGAGGUUCUACGUAUAUGUAUAUAUAUACAUGGAUAUGUAUAUAUAUAUACUCCCUACUCCCUCUGAUAGUAAAUGUAGAUCGUUUUAGCCUCCUCAAUUAUUCUCUAAAUAUAAGUUAUUCUCGAACUUCUAUGCA